UGGAUUCCCCUUUCUCUCUCCUCACAGACUGUCGCCACGUGUCACCGACCUGGCGUGAACCCAGGACACCUCCCCCCUUCUCCCCCCCUCUCCCCCGUUAGGGGAGGGCGUAGAGAGAGAGAGAGAGAGAGAGAGGGAGAGAGAGAAAAAGUGGAGAUUAGAAAGGGCGGAGGUGUCCAGCGAUGGCGCUGUUCCCGCAAUGGCAUAAUCCCCACAUAUUCCUCCCCUCAAUAAUUCUCUCUCUUUAAUUAAUCCACUACAAGCGCAGCGAAACCCACAACAAGAGAAUACGAUUCAGUUAUUUAGCCCCUCUUUUCUCAAUCAUUCCAAUUCCAAUUCCAAUUCUCUCGGAAAUUGUUCCUUCUCUUUUCAAUAUUUUUGUUUUAAAUUAAAUCGUGUUUCCCUUCCCAGAUCGACGCUGCCGCUGUCGGCCUGCCUAAUCUUCUCUUAUCUGAUUGAUUGAUUGCAUGGUAUCUGGACUUCCUUCUUGCGAUGAUGGGCCGCCGCUGCAGCAGCAGCAGCAGCAGCAGCGGAGCUGCACGGCGAAGUUCCUCUGCAGCUUCGGCGGCAGCGUGCUCCCGCGCCCGCUGGACGGCCGCCUGCGCUACGUCGGCGGAGAGACGCGCAUCGUGGCCGUGCCCCGCGACGUCUGCUUCGCCGACCUCCUCCUCCGCCUCCGCGACGUCUUCGACGGCGUCGACGCCAUCAAGUACCAGCAGCCCGACGAGGACCUCGACGCGCUGGUCUCCGUCGUCAACGACGACGACGUCCAGAACAUGAUGGAGGAGUACGACAAGCUCGUCGCCGCCGGCGAGAGCUUCACCCGCCUCCGAAUCUUCCUCUUCUCCCACCACCACCUGCUGCUUCUGCAGCAGAACGACGGAUUCGAUCCGGCGGCGGCGGCGGCGGCGGCGUCGAUCGCCGCGGACGAUCGCGAGACCGAGAGGCGGUACGUCGACGCGCUCAACAGCCUCGCCGACGCCAAGGCGGCCGCCGCGGGAUCCUGCUCGCCGCCCGACCUCCCCCCCGACCAAUUCUACGGCGGCGGCGGCGCUGAUCUCGUCGGCUUGCGCCAUUUGAACAUCCCCUGCCCGUCCCCCGCGCAGAGAUUCGGCGGCGGCGAUGUCGAUUCGCCGUUCAGCCCCGCCUACUUCUCUCCCGGGGGAUUCCCCCAUGCCCAUGAGUACAGGGACUUCCCCCCCUCGCCCUCCUCCGCAAGGUUCCACAUUGGGAUGGGGGAGUUCGGCGAUUCGCCGAAUAUGCAAAUGCACCCCCUGCCGCCGCCGCCGCCGCCGCCGCAGCCGCAGAUGGAUAGCAUGGUCUGGCUCCCCCCCGGAGCGGCGGUGCAGGAGAAGGCCGGAUUCCCGACCAAUUUGGGCCAUCCGCAUAGCGUUGUUGACGCGAACGUUGUUUGCGAGCAUUGCUGCAAGGUUGUGCAGAGGGGGCAGGGUGCUAUGUCGGAUUCUCGGUAUAUCGAUUCCCGGUGGAAAAAUGAGUACGCCGGUCACUUCCCUAGUUCGUGUGCGGAUUGCUACCGGAGUAGAGAGGCGUAUAUGUUAAACCAAGAUCCAAGCGACCCCCACUAUUGUUACUAUAACGAGGUUCACGGUCACGACAGAGGAUACUUCGUGCACCAUAACUACGGCAAUCAUCGAAUUGACGAUCCGAGAGUGCACUUGUCCGGAAACGGAAGAGUGAGCGACCACUAUCUUGCAGAUGGCAAUCCGGUGAAUGUUCCUUUUGCGCACGGUCAUUAUUACGAUGGCCAUUCGAAUGGCAUCAUCAACGACGAUUGUCGUUACCUUCGACCCAAUGCGGACGUUGGGAACGAUGUAUUCCAUGCCCAACAGACAGGCGGAGCCGGUCCGUACACACAGAUCUCGGGUCUCAAAAGUCAAACUUCCGUGUAUGGCGCUGAAGGCCUUUACCAACUGCCGCCUAACUUGCCACCUAUCCCAUCUUUGAGGAGGAAUAUACAAGUACCUACUCCGAAUGGCGGAACCAAUUCGGGCUUUAUGCGAGGUACACCGGAUGGGAGUCCUAGGUUGCAUUACGCAGCGGAAGAUCAAGUUCAGAACCAAUGGCCUUUAUUGAAUGACAACAUUUCACAAAAAGGUCUCGGCUUUGAUGGAUUGGCCGGCCCAGAGUUCACUCAUCACCAGGGUCCUAGGUUGCAGCUGAAUGUUACUGUUCCGGAUUCUGUUCAUUACCAAUCCGGACGAGUAUAUCCAGAAGUUCCACCGCAAACAAUAACCACUGCACCGAUUCUCUCGGGCUCAAAACCUCGAGCUUCGGAGGAGAAUAACCUGGUUAGAGAAGUGCAUGAAUCAAUACAUGCAGAGGCAGCAAAGGAAGUGGGAGAGUCGGAGAUUGAUAUAAAUACAGUGAAGCCUAUUGAAGAGGAAGGUCAUGAUUCCAAACACGAUGAAGCUGAUGCUCUUGCCAGUAAUGAAUGUGAGCACAUUUCAGAGGAAGCUUUGAGCUUCUUGCCUGAGUUGAUUGCCUCUGUGAAGAAGGCGGCAUUGGAGGGCGCUGAAGAUGUUGUGGCAAAGGCUGAAGAAAAUGAUGAUUCCAGUUCUUCUCCUGUUUCGGACAAGAAGGACUCGCCUUUACAGGAAUUGGCGCCUCCAAAUGCCAAUGAAGAACCAGAUAAUGACGAAAAUGACAGUGCUGAACAGCAGAAAAUUUCCAAGAUAGAACCCACAACCGCAGAAUUUGAAGCUUUGGCCAAGGGCUUACAGACAAUCAGAAAUGAUGAUUUGGAAGAAAUUAGAGAGCUGGGUUCGGGUACAUAUGGCUCUGUAUUCCAUGGCAAAUGGAGAGGUUCAGAUGUUGCUAUAAAAAGAAUAAAAGCUAGCUGCUUCGCUGGGAAGCCAUCCGAGAGAGAGCGUCUGAUUGCGGACUUCUGGAGAGAGGCUCUGAUUCUCAGUUCACUGCAUCAUCCAAAUGUAGUUUCUUUCUACGGUGUAGUUCGCGAUGGACCUGAUGGAAGUUUAGCAACUGUUACAGAGUUCAUGGUGAAUGGAUCUCUCAAGCAAUUUCUGCAGAAAAAGGACAGAACAAUUGAUCGAAGAAAAAGAUUAAUUCUAGCCAUGGAUGCAGCAUUUGGGAUGGAGUAUUUGCAUGGGAAGAACAUAGUUCAUUUUGACCUAAAAUGUGAAAAUUUACUAGUGAAUAUGCGAGAUCCACAUCGACCUGUCUGCAAGAUUGGUGAUCUAGGUCUAUCCAAGGUGAAGCAACAUACUUUGGUGUCGGGUGGUGUUCGUGGAACUUUACCAUGGAUGGCGUCUGAGCUUUUAAGUGGCAAAAGUAAUAUGGUAUCAGAAAAAAUCGAUGUUUACUCCUUUGGGAUCGUCAUGUGGGAGCUGCUUACUGGGGAAGAGCCAUAUGCUGAUAUGCGAUGUGCUUCCAUAAUUGGGGGGAUCGUGAAUAACUCUUUACGUCCUCAAAUCCCGACCUGGUGCGAUCCUGAAUGGAAAUCUCUGAUGGAAAGUUGUUGGGCCUCUGAUCCUGCUGGGAGGCCAUCAUUCUCUGAAAUUUCUCAAAAGUUGAGGAAAAUGGCUGCUGCAAUAAAUGUGAAGUGAAAGUAUUGAUGAUCCAUGCUGAAGAGCUUAAACUCGUUUUCAAGAAGUGAUCGUAAGAUGCUUCGACCUAAGGCUAUAGUGUUCCAUAGAUCUUGCCGGCUUUUGACGAGAGAGUUAUCUUCUCAGAUAUAUCUUAAGUUCUUUGUUGUUGCCGUAUAUGGCAUUUAUUCUUCAUGUAGUGCGACUACCAUUUUAUCAUAUUUGUACAGUACUUGCUUUCCUAUGGAAGAGCAUGAAGGUUUGAUUAAAAUGAGUUAUUGCAGAGCAUCAAGAAUCUUUGGCUGUUAUCUGGCACUGGUAUAUUAUAGUCUUUUUCUUCUCGGUGGGAGUUGGUAUGUACUAAUGUAAAUAAAUUUUGAGUUGCACAAUCUUCUGCCCUUAUGAGGGGACAGUGCGUCAUGCUUCGAUUAUGAGAACUUUAUCGCAAUUUUGCCAUAUUAGCCAGUGAGGAUGAACCUCUACGUUGGACCAUAAAUAAGUCAAAUAUAGAUAUCUCCUAUUAUCCAUUUUGUAUAGAAUUUUUUAGAAGAAUAUUGUCUUUUAUGUAUGAGACAUCCAAUAGCUGGCAUGUAUUACCUGGCUUUUCAUUCCAGUUCUUUCUAUCAUGCAUAUAUUAUAU